AUGACAAAAGAAACUAAGAAUAAAUCAAUAUCACACCUAUUUCCUCUUCCAUUAUUUACAAUUGGAACUGAACAUCGACGACAUUCCUGUGAUAAAAUAAAUCAAUUAUCAGAUAAAACUAAUUUCCAUUAUUUAUCUAGUCAAAAAUCUACUUCAAAUGAAAUAACAAUCAAUGAUUCUUCUCAAACAUCAACAUUAGCAAAAUUUUGUUAUAAAAGAAUCUGUAAAAGAUGUGUUCCCGAAAGUGUUCGUAUUGAUCCUGAUACAAAUCAACAGAUUAAUAUUGAUCUACUCUAUGCAUAUGAUCCAUUUCAAACUGGGCUUGAAAAUUUUACAGACGAACAAAUUCAAGAAUUCCAACAAGCUUUUCUUCUUUACGAUAAAAAUUCAGACGGCGCCAUUAGUCCCAAAGUGCUCGGUAAUGUGAUGAGAACACUCGGGCAAAACCCUACUGAAGAUGAACUUAAAGGAUUAAUUAAUGAAUUUGAUUGUGAUGAUUUUGAUGAAUUCCUCCAGAUGAUGGCUAAACGAGCUAAUGAAUAUAGUGAAGAAGAUGAAUUAAGAGAAGCCUUUCGUGUAUUUGAUAAAAAUGGACAUGGUUUUAUUAAAGUAUCUGAAUUAAGACAUAUAAUGACUAGUCUAGGUGAACAAUUUUCUGAUGAUGAAGUCGAUGAAAUAUUGCGUGAAAUUGAUACUACUGGUAAUGGAAUCAUUCGAUAUGAUGAUGUUGUUAAAAUGGUUCUUGGUAAAUAA